AUGUCGAACCUCGACAACCCCGGAAUCUAUUACCAGGAGCGUUUCUUCGCCAACGACGGUGUGCCAGACACUGGAAAAGAGUUGAUCGCCGAAUAUCGUCAGUUGAUUACUCAGUUCCGCAACUUUAUUCGAGAUUUCUCGACCGGAGGAUUCGGAAUGAUUUACAGAGAUCAACUGAAACGCAACUACUUCAGUCACGAGUACCGUCUCGAAAUCAAUAUGAAUCAUUUGAAGAAUUUCGAUGAGGAUAUCGAAAUGAAACUCCGAAAAUUCCCGGGAAAAGUGAUGCCAGCAUUGGAGGAGGCUGCGAAGAUUGUGGCGGAUGAGAUUACUGCUCCACGACCAAAAGACGAAGAGAAAUUGCAUGAUAUUCAAGUUAUGUUGACACUUGAUGAGUAUCCAACAUCACUUCGUCAAGUUAAAUCUGCUCAAGUCUCGCAUAUUGUCAAGAUUUCCGGAAUUAUUGUCGCUGCUGCUCAGGUUCGCUCCAAAGCCACCAAAGUGACACUCCAAUGUCGUCAAUGUAAGCACACCAUUCCAGAUGUUGUCAUCAAGCCAGGAUUGGAGGGAUUCUCCCUGCCAAGAACUUGUGCUGCCCCACAACAAGGACAAAUGCAACGUUGCCCAAUCGACCCAUACGUUAUGCUUCCCGAUAAGUGUGAAUGUGUCGACUAUCAGACUCUGAAGCUCCAGGAGAAUCCAGAAGACGUGCCACACGGAGAGAUGCCACGUCAUCUCCAACUCUUCGCCGAGAGAUAUUUGACAGACAAAGUGGUUCCGGGUAAUCGUGUCACUAUUGUCGGUGUCUAUUCGAUUAAGAAAUUGGUACAACGAAAAGGAGGAGACAAGACACUUCAAGGAAUUCGAUCGCCGUAUUUAAGAGUAUUGGGUAUCCAAGUGGAGACUUCCGGCCCCGGAAGAACUAAUUUCACCAUUUUCACACCGGAAGAAGAGAGAAUGUUCAAGACAUUGGCACAGAGAAAAGAUGCAUUCGAACUCAUCGCCAAAUCUAUCGCCCCCUCAAUCUACGGUUCUGCUGAUAUCAAGAAAUCGAUUGCCUGUCUUCUGUUCGGUGGAUCUAGAAAGAAACUUCCAGAUGGAAUCACCCGACGUGGAGAUAUCAACGUUCUCCUUCUCGGAGAUCCAGGAACUGCAAAGUCUCAGUUGCUGAAAUUCGUAGAACAAGUUGCACCGAUUGGAGUGUACACUUCUGGAAAGGGAUCAUCAGCUGCUGGUCUCACUGCAUCCGUCAUUCGUGAUCCACAAUCCCGUUCGUUCAUUAUGGAGGGUGGAGCUAUGGUGUUGGCUGAUGGAGGAGUCGUUUGUAUUGAUGAGUUUGAUAAAAUGAGAGAAGAUGAUCGAGUGGCGAUUCACGAGGCUAUGGAACAACAGACUAUCUCUAUUGCUAAGGCUGGAAUCACUACUACAUUGAACUCUCGUUGCUCGGUGCUCGCGGCGGCUAACUCGGUUUACGGACGAUGGGAUGAGUCGAGAGGAGAUGAUAAUAUUGAUUUCAUGCCGACGAUUCUGUCACGUUUCGAUAUGAUCUAUAUUGUCAAGGAUACUCAUGAUGUUAACAGAGAUUCGACCCUCGCCAAGCACGUCAUCGAAGUGCACGUCAACGCGUCCGCCGCCAAAGAACGUGACAAUGCAGGAGUACCAAAAGCACCGGCAGUGGAUUCAGAUGGUGCAAUGACAAUGUUCGAUACUGAUGGUUACUUGACCAUCGAAUUCCUCAAGAAGUUUGUGACCUACGCUCGUUUGAAUUGUGGACCACGCCUGACGCCACAAGCCUCCGAGAAGUUGGUUAAUCAUUAUGUGAAAAUGAGAAAUCCAGUGGUUAAUGCAGAUGCUUUUAAAUCCGGAAAGAAGGCUCACCACUCAGCCAUCCCCAUCACUGUCCGUCAACUCGAAGCCAUCGUUCGUAUCGCUGAAAGUCUCGCCAAGAUGGAACUUCAACAGUUUGCCACCGACAAACACGUCGAGGAGGCUCUCCGUUUGUUCCGCGUCUCCACAAUCGAAGCGGCCGCCACUGGAAAUCUGGCAGGAGUCGAAGGAUUCACAUCGAACGCCGAUCAAGAGGCACUGAAUCGUAUCGAGGUGCAAAUGAAGAAGAGAUUCGCCAUCGGAACACACGUCUCCGAGCACUUGAUCGUUCAGGACUUUGUUUCUCGACAACAUUAUAAGGAGUCACUCGUCAAGAAAGUUAUCGAUAAUCUCGUUCGUCGUGGUGAUCUUCAGCAGAAAAUGCAGAGAAAAAUGCUCUAUCGUGUGCGAUAA